GACGCGCCGGCGGGGGGCGGCGGCGGCCAGCCCGGCCGGUGCAGGGCCUCUGGCCGAUCGGCGGCCGAUCGGGGCCGCGGGGAGCCAGCUGCGGCGGGCGGCAGGAGGAAGCGGCAGCCGCGCGUCCCCGGAGGAGCGCGCCAUGGCGGGCGGGCCCCCCAAGGCCCUGCCGUCCACGGGGCCCCACUCCCUGCGCGACAUGCCGCACCCGCUGGCUGGCUCCAGCAGCGAGGAGGCCGUGGGUGGCGACAGCACGCCCAGCCCGGACCUGCUGAUGGGCCGCAGCUUCGGUGACAAGGAUCUCAUUUUGCCCAACGGUGGAACUCCAGCAGGCACUUCAAGUCCAGCGUCUUCAUCUUCCCUGCUCAACAGACUUCAACUUGAUGAUGACAUCGAUGGUGAGACCAGAGAUCUCUUUGUCACAGUUGACGAUCCAAAGAAGCACGUGUGUACGAUGGAGACCUACAUCACGUAUAGGAUCACCACCAAGAGUACUCGGGUGGAGUUUGACCUGCCAGAAUAUUCUGUUCGUCGAAGAUACCAGGAUUUUGACUGGUUGAGGAACAAACUGGAAGAAUCCCAGCCCACUCAUCUCAUUCCCCCGCUUCCUGAGAAGUUUGUGGUGAAAGGUGUUGUGGAUCGUUUUUCAGAAGAGUUUGUGGAGACCAGAAGAAAAGCUCUGGAUAAAUUCCUAAAAAGAAUCACGGAUCAUCCUGUGCUCUCCUUCAAUGAGCACUUUAACGUUUUCCUUACUGCUAAGGACCUGAACGCCUACAAGAAGCAGGGGAUGGCGUUACUGACCAGAGUGGGCGAGUCGGUCAAGCACGUCACUGGCGGCUACAAGCUGAGGACUCGGCCUCUCGAGUUUGCAGCCAUUGGCGAUUACUUAGACACGUUCGCUCUCAAACUGGGGACCAUUGAUCGAAUAGCCCAGCGGAUCAUCAAGGAAGAAAUAGAGUACCUUGUGGAGCUGAGAGAAUACGGGCCUGUGUACUCUACAUGGAGCGCCUUGGAGGGAGAGCUGGCCGAGCCCCUGGAGGGCGUGUCGGGUUGCAUUGGCAACUGCUCAACAGCCUUGGAAGAGCUGACAGAUGACAUGACUGAAGACUUUCUACCUGUGCUCAGGGAAUAUAUUUUAUACUCCGACUCCAUGAAGAGCGUAUUGAAGAAGAGGGACCAAGUCCAAGCGGAGUACGAAGCCAAACUGGAAGCUGUGGCUCUGAGAAAGGAGGAACGCCCCAAGGUGCCAGCAGACGUUGAGAAAUGCCAGGAUCGGAUGGAGUGUUUCAACGCUGAUCUGAAAGCUGACAUGGAAAGGUGGCAGAACAACAAGAGGCAGGACUUCCGGCAGCUGCUCAUGGGGAUGGCGGACAAGAACAUCCAGUAUUAUGAGAAGUGCCUCAUGGCGUGGGAGUCGGUUAUUCCGCUGCUGCAGGAGAAACAAGAGGCCAAGUAAGUUCCUUCCUGGGACGGAGACUCUUCUACCUACACAGGGCACGGCACCCUGUACCGGAAGUCCCCGCAGUGCCAGAGAGGCGACGCUGGGAAAGCCACCACAGAAACAUCUCUCCUUUGUAUUCCUCCCUCCCCCCACUUCGCCCCACAGUGGUUUCCCAUUAGUAUUUAUUCCUUGGUGGAUUCCGUGAGGCGGGAAUCAUCUCUCAGCAAAAGCAGAGCCUACCUCCGGGUUGUGAAGGGACCUGUCGGAUGGAGCACCAUGGAGAUUUGAAACCGAAGGACAAGAGCCCGCAGCCGGCAUCCUGGCAUUUCAUGACGGUGUUCUCUUUGGGCACAGCUGAGUCGCCUGUUGUAGGGGAGAACCCAGAUCCUGCUUUUCAAGGACUCGGAAGGAGGCAGGAGUAGAAGGCAGCGGUUGCCUUCUGUGGACACAUGGACUUCUGUGGGCACUGGCUUGUGUCCGCCUGGAAGCAGGUGUGGGCACCUCCGUGCAAAGUCCUUAACGUACAGUGGCCUCGAGCUGUGAGUGUGGCCUGCUGCCUGCUUGUGACGAGUGCUGCCUGUUUUACUGUUUCUGUUUCAUGUAGGGACAUUCGAAUCAGUGUCGAUACGCACCCAUGCUUGAGGGAGCGAGCCAGCGUCCUUGUCCUCAUGCGAUGCCUUCAGAAGCUGCAGGGGAUACUCCCCGGACUUGCUUCUGACACUAGAAUGCAAUAGAUGGGAAACUUUUUGUGUUAGAAUGAAACAAAACGGUGCAUUUUUCUCUGUGAAGGUCUUCAGUGUCUUUCUUUAGCUUGUUAAUUGUCAUCAGAGCAGGGAUUAGAUCUGUUAGGGAAUACCUAUUGUCUUGAAGUCAGAGUAGCUCACCUGUUGUUGAGAUCAGUGGGCAUAUACCAAACCCCACCUCCAGCGUCUGCUUUGUGCAAUUUGCCUUUACCUCACCAAAAAGACCUAGUUUAAUAUUUCCUACCGUGUCCGCUGAAUGUUUGGGCAAGCUUUUGGUGAGAGGGCCUGGAAUGUCAUGUUGUUAUGACACGGUUGAAAUUUGUAAACUCCAUGUGAAUGUUCUACGUAAAGUGCUUUAACUCUUAACAUUUCCUGGUCAGGAAGAGACGUCAGUACCUGGACAGGCCUCGAAGAUGACAAGUGUAACAGCGAACUCUUUGCUUCUAUUAAUAGUUAAGCUAAAAUCUCCUCAGUUUGUAGCCAUGUUCUUGGGGACUGCUGGCUGUGUUUAGAGUCUUCAUUUCAAACUAUUACAAGGUUUACUUUUCAAAUCACAAAACAGUCAAAAAGGAUCUAUCUUCCAACUCAUUUUUUCCCUCCUGAAAUGGAGCUACAUGUGUCAUAUUUGUGUUCUUUCAUCUGCAGCUCAUCCCUGUAAAACUAUAAGUCUAAGCCUGAUAAGCGGUAGUUCUUAAUGAAACAGCUGUGUGUUGAGACACUGCUUCUUAUGCAAGUUCCCCUGUGAAUCCUGGCCAACAUGCGGCAUGUUGAAGUCACUUCAUGCCACUUCUGACUACAGGGUCGACCUUGCAUCGGCCACAGCUACAGUGCUGUUGGUGCACCAGUUGAACAGCAUAGAGAAUAGUUGGGUUCCAUUUCAUCGAGUUUGACAACUUCCCAGUUUAAAUGAUAAUUUUUACAUCAGUUGGUACUUGCCUGUAUUGUCAAACCCUAUUCGUGCCAUUCCCAAAUCCUUCGAUGUGAAUUUUCAGUUCGGUACAAUUAGAAAUGAUUCAUUGGAGCAGAAGGGUAAGAACAACUUAUCUACCCCUGUGUGGCGAUUCAGCAUUUCAUUCUACCUCUAAACCAUCGUGUGGGUAUGGGUGUGGACGCUGUCCGAGUGUGUAUCUAAUAGUGAGCUGACAGCCCCCGUUGCUAUUUGGCAGAAGGCACCAGACCAACCCAGCAGCGAAUGCUCAUCCUCACGGGGAGCAUGUGAAGCUUUGGCUUGAGGAAUGUGUGCUGUGAAAAUGUUGUCCAGUGUAAUGAAUGCUUGGGAAGAACUGUGGAAGGAAUUAUAGGAAAACUAGCCUCUGACUACCUGCUAGUUGCUGAAGCCCAGAAAAUUUCCUAAGUAAUGGUUCAUUGGGAAAGAAGCAGCAUUUAAAAAAAAAAAAAUUACCAGGUUCCUCACUGGUGGAUACGGAGAGGGGCAUGGGUUUGUACAUUUAUAUGCUGUCCUCAUGGGAGGCAGAAGGCUGGCUUUAAAGGGAUUCGGGCACCUUGGGAUUCCAUCCUCUAUUUAUUUGGUCCCCAUGUGAUGCCUUGUGCUUUUAAGACACCAGAAAGAGCCAGAACAAGGCGAACUUUCUAUCUUCCAGGCAUGCUAUUGACAGCAGAGCCAGGAAAACCAGUGUACAUGACAGACUUCCUUGGAGAAAUGGUCCUUGUGGAGAAGGGACUCUUGUCCCUGCCUUCAGGCUGGCAUCUGAGGGGGUGAGGAGGCUGGCCCAGAAAGAAGGGGACAAUAAGUAGUCCCUUCCUACCCCCAGGAUCCCCCAGGCGUUUGCCUCUUCAUCUGGAUCAAGCACAGAGGAGACUCUAGGAGAAAUGUCACUUGGAGACUUUGGUGCCAAAGACUGGCUCAUAGAGGUUUUAUCACCCAGUCCUUCUUGGCUCCACAGAAUCGUGGCCCUGAGAUCACUGUCUCCUCUCUCACAUUUGUUUUUCAUGAGGUUUCUGCUUGGAGGUGCACUUCACCUCAGGCAGAGGGAUGUGGACGGUUUUGAGGCAUGAACACGUGGCAGUGGAAUGGCAGGUCCCCCGGGAACUGCUCCGGGCCUGGAAAACAAAAGCUUCAUUCACCCAGGUUAACUAUCCAGGCUAAGGCAGGAGAGAGGAUUCUUGGAAACUAAGCAGAUUUUAGAGAUGCUAGCGAGGUUUCAGAGAGCAGUUGUGAUUUGUAGCAAGUGUGGACGCUGCUUUUCCUUAUGAACAUGGUAGAUCCACAAGAAGAUUCUAGGCUGUUCUACUACUCAAAGCAAGGAACUGCUUCUUAAAUGAAGAGGGAACCUACUACCCAGCCAGGUUUGGUGUUGGGUCUUAUCCUUCAGUGAGGCUUUAUAAUGAUUCCUGGUGGACUUAAAGUGUGACUGUGGAGGCGAUGGGCUCGGUAUUUCACUGUGCCAUCCUUUCAACUCACUGGACACCUUUCUUUAGCUGGAAUAAUAAACCCGAGAGACUCCAGGUAUUGUGGUGAAUGUAGACUAAGUCUGUUUUCAUGCCACAUUUCAGCCCUACCUGGACUAUGUCCUAGAUGUUACUGAGUUGAAUGUGUUUUCUCAGCUACCUCCACAUGGUGAAAUGAAAUGCAUACCUGCUGCUCACUUCUUGUGAGGCUGCCUUUUGUGAUCAAAAGAUAGGAGGACAUGAUGACCACGUGGCAGUCAGCAACAGAGUUUCUCUCUUGGGACAUAGCCUAAGGAACGUCCGGAGUUUGUGCAACUUGGUCCUUCCACCGAUGGCUUUGAAAUCACAGGCACUGGCUUCGUUUUGACACCACACACUGGACUGCAAGGCAGUCAUUCUCUGUGCUCUGUUCCGAACCAGUGAGCGAGGAUCGGGGGAGAGGUCAAGGGUGGCCUCUUCAGCGUGGGUCUCGGGUGGGCUCGUGCUGGGCUCUUCUCUGGCUAGCUGGCGUUGCUGGCUGCCAUGCAAGGCAGUUCCGCUUGGAAGAUGCACUGCCUGUGGUCAGGGCAGGGCACCCCUCAUGCACCCCGCCUUCCCCGACGCCUACUUUAAGGGCCUGUGGAAACUGGGUCAUCUAAUUAUAUGGCUGGGGUAACGCUGCUUUGGCCACCCUCAUUUACAAAAUGAUGAUGGGGAUUUGGAUUUGCUGUCUCACUUUCAAAAGUCCUCAAGAUGGCAACAGAUUGGACACACCCUCUCAUUUCUUAUGUUUUCCUCUCUCUGUUCAGAUAGCAGAUGGGUGGCAUUUUUCAGUAAAUGUAAGGAAAAUGUUCUCUCCUGGGCGAGCCUUACAGAUUGAGUUGGGUGUGUUGGAGUUGUUCUCCUCUUCCUUGUGGUUUUUUAGUUGAGUAAAUUAAAUAAACCUGGAACCCGGUUUUUUACCAACCCACCCUAUAGGUUGUCAGGGUUUGUUUUAGGGAUGUCUGGUCUCCCCGUAGUUACACGUGUCAGAGUGUGCUCAGGGGCUGUGUGCACUAGAAAUGGUUGGGUGGCCUUGCUACAGGGAGAUUGUUCUUUCUUAAUCAUUUGUGUUUGAAAUGCAUCCUGGGUGUGGCUGUCUAAACCUUUUCAUGUGACAGAAAAAUAUGUUAUCUAGGUAGUUUUUGCUACUAUAGCCAGUCUAUAAGUGCUUUGAAAAAAUAACCUUAAUAAACCAAUAAGAAAUUUGUCUCAUAUAUAAACAUUCUGUGUAUUUGGCACUUGAAAAUCAACCAGAAUUUAAAUAAUGCCACAGACUGUUAAAAGUCCAACCCUACUUUUCAAGAAUUUGUCAACACUUUCUAAUAUGCCUUAUUCUUUAACUCGUGUUUUUAAAAUUCUGGGUAGAAAGAAUUUUAGAGAUGUAAUCAGUUGUUCAGCUUACACAAUAGAUACCUGACAGUCCCCAGUCCUCUUAAACAAGCAAGAAAGGGAGGGUCAUAAUUAGGGUUGCCUUUUGGGAGGAGAAAACUAAGUAUUGCUAUUGCCAAAUGAUAUUUUUGAUAAUGUAAGGAAACACAGGGACCACAAAACUUUUUUUUUUUAAUGUGAAAGAUUAAUGUAGUGUCUUUUGGCAUACUUUUGAUUUUAGAGGGUAUUUUAGUACAGUAUCAGCACUGACAAAUCAUAUAGAUACAAAGAACUCUAUAGAUUAUGACAAUAUUAAAGGUUGACCCUGAUCCUGCAGAACAGCUUUUUAAGAUACUGUGGGGGCCUCAGAGCAGCAUGUGUCAGAUGGAAAUCUUCCACAGAUUGAAAUGCCGAAAACAUAUAAACCCUAUUAUGUUGACUCACAUAGUUUAGUCCAUUUUAGGAGAGCUUUUACCAUUAAAACCAGUGAUGAAAAGUAUUGCAUAUGAACCUCUCCCGGAAGCGCUGCUCCCUCCCCAGGUGAGCCUGGACUCUCUGUGGGUUGGGUCACAGCAGGUAGCACCUGUCACACCCCUGUUCCCCUGUUGGACAGGCUUGUUCACAGUCUCAGACCAACCCUUCAGUCAGAAAUGAUACUGGUAGGGGAAAGGGCUUUUUUUCUCCAUGUGGAAAUGAAGAGAAAGGAAUGUAAAUGGCAAACAAAAAUGUGAAGUCAGUAUGGCAAAGCCAUGGCUCUGUCAUCUGGGCCUUCGUCCAAUAACAAACCAGCAUCUCGUAACAGUCAGCACUGUUCAUCUGGAGACCCCUGAGGUUUUGGUCCUGUCUAGUCGACUUCCUGUCCAUUGCACUUUUGUGUGCCUGUUGCUUUCGCCUCUGAGUUGGGAAUGCAUUGAGAAACGACGGACAUCUGAUAUAUUCCCAUGAAAUAAACUGCCAGCACACUUUCUAACUUGUAUUUUAACUGUUAAAGAAACGAUUUUAAAAACCUUUUGCUUAGAAUAUGUCCAAAUUACAGACUCUAUUUCUUAUUUUUAGAAAUCAUUCUUUACGCUUAAAAUUUUAAAAGAAAAGAAAAAAAAAUACCUUCUGAGAUAUUGAUAGUCCUCUGUGUAAAUGUUCUCUUCUCUUCAUGCUGCCAUUAAGCCAAAAUAAAAGCUGUGAAAAAAAAAAGUGCUUGAGGGAAUGUGUGUUGAUAAGUGAUUUAUCUUUGUUUCAUGAAGCUACCAAACUUUACAAAGAAUAUCGCCUUUUUGUCUUUGUUAUGAAACCUGGAGAUUGUAAAAUGGGAGAAAAAAGUUGUUUUUGUUGAAUUUUUGAUGCUGGCACGAGGUUUUUGUCCACUUUUUUUUCAUAUAUUGGUGUAUAAAAAAUUCUGUUGUUUACUAUGGAUUAGUAUUACAUUUGAGGUAAACUAAAGAAUUUGUAUUGCUUGAUAAAACUAUUAGCUUGUAAAUUUUAAAAAGUUUCUUUACCUCAAUUAACUUAAAGUAAUGGACCAAUAAAACUAUAAAAGAUGCUUUCUCUACCUUGAAA